AUGUUUAAAAUACCAAGCUUGAAAAAGGCUUCUUCAAAGAGAAGAAUCUGUGAAGAUUUACCAUCAUUCGAUUUUGGGAGUUUAGAGGCCAAGGAGCAGAUUGGCUAUGGCUCGUACGGUGUUGUGUAUAAAGCAUUACAUCAAAAAGUGUUAGUUGUGGCCAAAAAACUGAUAGGCGAAUCAGCUGAGGAGGAAAGUUGUUUUAUCAAGGAGGCACGGCUAAUGUAUUCACUCAAGCAUGAAAACAUUGUCGGGUUUAAAAGCUUUUCAUCUUCUCCAUGCGCAAUAUUAAUGGAAUACUUAUUCUUUGAUUUCUCACUUUUUGAGAUUUCGAAACAACUAAGCAAUUUAGUCGAAUUCCUUAACUACAUCGAUAAAAUAGACGCUUUUACAUAUUUUGAAAAUGACCUAAUUCUAAAGAUGGGCUACCAGAUUUCCAAAGGACUGGAGUAUCUAUAUUCGAAGGGAGUCGCACAUCGCGAUCUGAAAGCUAAAAAUAUUUUGGUCAGUAACCAACAUUACUGCAAUUUAGCAGACGAACAGCAUCGAUAUAAAGUGUUUUCGGAAAGACCUGUUAUUUGCAAACUGGCAGAUUUCGGAGAAAGUAGGUCUCAUCUGAUUCAAACAGCAGCUGUACUUCACUCGAAAACCAAGAAUAUUGACAGGUACGCUUUUUCUGAACUAUCUGUAGCUAAGUAUUUUGUUGUGAAUAUAAAUGUGACAAAUUUUAAUACACGGCACGGCUGUUAUUUCGAAAGUCAUUUUGUUGUUUUACGCAUCACAUUGGCAAUUUAUCCGUGUAAUAAAAUUUUUCCCUGGCAAUUUUUCCGUGUUUAAAAUCAGUUCUCACUGUUUUGUUUAGUAUUUUUCAUUUAGAAAACUAUAGAUAAUAUUUAUUCCCUGUACUUGCACUAAUAUUUAACAAUAGUAUAGUCGCUGAUUACAAGCUCAUGUUCAAGGUGUCACAUAUUUAAGUUCAUAUUCACUCACUAUGCUGCGAACCGGCGAGGUGAAUAUUAUGGAGUUAUUAACCGAGUGCGAGGUCUGUACGGGAAAAUAGUGCCUUAGGUUUUUCGCAAUGCUUUCCCAUACAGACCGAGCAAACGAGGUAAUAAGGGAUUUAUUAUAUGCCUUUGUUGGAUCGCAAUUUGUUCUGACUUUGUAGAAAAAAACAGAAAACACUUUCGCUGCUGAAUCUUUCAGCCGGACAAUACUGGCAGUGCGCUUGCUGAUAACAAAACAAUAAAAAUUAAUCAAAGAAAAAAUGUAAUCUUCAAAAAUAUAAUGUAUCAACUUUUUUUUUGAGAAACAACAAACGUUCCAUGCAAAACAAAGCCAAAAACAAUGUUUGCAACAUUUUCCGAACAGUUGUUUUGAAACGUGGUUUGGUACGUGGAAAACGCGGAUUGCGGAUAACAAAUUGCGAAUUGCGGAUAAUAAAUUGCGGAUACUAAAUUGCGGAUAAUAAAUUGCGAAUAACAAAUUGCCGAUAACAGUUAUUAGAAUUUUCAAAUAAUUUAUAUUAGGAGAACAUCGUUGUGAUCAUUAUUUUUUCGCACAUAAUCAACUGCAAUCAUAUAUUAAUAUUGAAUAAUAUUAAUAAAUACAGUUUAUAAAAGGAAAACUUGUCUUGACACGGGUGUUUGUUUGGGCUUUAAGGGUAUAACUUUAAGAGUGAGAACGACAACAAACAAAUAAAAUAAUGAGUAAUUAUAACCAUUUUUUCAUUUAAUAUUCUCCUAAUAAUCAUUUGAAAAUUCUAAUAACUGUUUUCCGCAAUUUAUUAUCCACAAUUUAUUAUCCCCAAUUUGUUAUCCGCAAUUUAUUAUCCGCAAUUUGUUAUCGGCAAUUUAUUAUCCACAAUGGGCACUUUGUUAUCCGCAAUCCGCGUUUUCCACCAAACCUUGAAACGUAGCAUUUCCAGGACAGUAAAACUUACUCUGGAGUUUUCUUCGUCGUCACAGUACUGCAUAAUAAGUUUUAGUUUCCUUAAAAAUUUGAUUUGUACAAUGUUUUCACGAGCGGGCAAGAUGAAUUUCUUGAGAGGGCAAGAUGACUUUUCUAGACCGGUCAUCAACCAAUCAGCAUGCGGCAUUUAUCUCAGCCAUAUAAUUAAUAAAAGCUUUUAAUCACUGAGGCGACUAAUUGUUUCAGUAUAUAAAUUUCUAUGUGCAUAUUGUGAGUCCAUAAAUUUUGUGCUAAUUCGCACUGCCGCACACCAGAGCUAUUAGCUAAGCUGGCAGUCACUCGUGGCCAUUUGCGUAAUCAAAAUGCCCCGUGUGCGGCAAAAUUUUGGGAAAUUUUUGGCACGCGUGACGAAACUCUUCAAAAUUUCGCCGCACACGGGAAGAACUUGCUUACGCCAAUAGGCACGAGUGACUGUUAGCUCAGCAGGUGGCUCUCGUGUGCGGCAGGCUUAAUCGUUCUAAUUCGGCCUAUGAAAUUACUUAAGUACUGUAUAGUGAUUACUUUUCUGCUAAAUUCAGUAAAUGCUAUAGUAAUUAUCUAUUUAUUGCAUUUUAUCAUUUUAUAGGGGCACCUCAGUUUACAUGGCACCCGAAUUACAAAUCGAGUCGUGUCGUUCAAAAGCUGCUAAUUUCGACAGUCUUCAAAAAGUUGACAUGUGGGCAUUUGGAAUGGUUUUAUUUAAUUUGGUAAAUCCGAACCUUAAAUAUCCAUUCCAGCUUGAUCUUAAGAAGGAUGCUCCUUUAAAAAAGCAACUACCUCGUAUCUUGCAGCAACAGAAAUAUCCAACUCAAUCUAAAAAGUAUGCCCUGCAACAGGAAAGCAGUUGGGCUCCAGUUAUCGCGGUGAUGAAAAAAUGUCUCAUUUUUAAUCCUGAUGACCGACCGACAGCUUCAGAAAUAAUGAAUCAGCUACAGCAGUUACUUUCCAAGAGUGCAGAAGAACAAACAUUUGAAUUGGAAAAACGGUAAAUUUAGAUUUAUACGCGAAUCGAAGGUUUUGAAGUAAACUGUUCCUUGUAACUGCGCGAACCCAAUAAGCACACAGCAGAUAAAAAACUUGUUAUUUAUCAUGUUUCAAAGCUCAAUUAUAUUGUGUACAAAACAUAGUGUUUACUAGUUUAAUACGUUGUUGCGUUCCUAUGAUGUUACCACUGCAGCGUGCAACAUAGUAAUGAGCCAGUAAUAGCAUAUGAAGAGAGACCAAAGCCAAAGGCCAGUUUUGUCGCUUUAAGUUAAAAAACCCGGCAGACUAUUUUCCACAGUUUUUUUAAAUUUAAAGUGAAAAAUUGUUUUAAUUUGAAACUUGGUAUAUAACAAGAAACUUAUUUCCCGUGAUAACAAAAUUCAAAAAAUAAAAUAGAAAUGUAGCAUAUGUAAAAAAUGUUUUGUUAUAGAAUCGAACCUUUAAAAGAGAAGCAAAAGCAAGCUGCAGUUAUUGAUCUGAGAGGUGAAUUAAAGCAAGGCAAAGAAGAAAA